AUGGAAUCUAAGAAUAGUGAAGAUGCAUACAAUACAACGCGUGGGAUAUUGUCCCCUAUUAUAUCAAAUACAAAUUCUUUAGAAAAUUGGAUAAAUACUGAAGAUACUUCUAAAAAAUCUAAAAGAGAUACAAAUUAUUAUUUCAAAUGUGCAUUAGGAGGUAUUAUAAGUUGUGGAACUACUCAUACAGCUAUAGUACCUAUUGAUAUUGCAAAAUGUAGAAUUCAAGUAUAUCCUGAUAGGUAUCGUGGUUUAUUAUCAAGUUUAUCACUGAUUAUUAGAACAGAAGGUUUUCAAGCUUUAAAAUUAGGUUGGUUUCCAACAUUAAUCGGUUAUUCUACACAAGGUGCAUUAAAAUUUGGUUUAUAUGAAUAUUUUAAAGAUUGUUAUUCAAAUAUUGUUGGUGAUAGAAUAAGUUCUAAAUAUAGAGGCCUUUUGUGGCUUAGUGCAUCUGCAAGUGCUGAAUUUUUUGCUGACAUUGCACUUUGUCCAAUGGAAAUGGUUAAAAUUAAAGUACAGACUUCAUCAAAAGAUAAUUGGCCAACUUCAUUAUAUUCAUCAACUAAAAAUAUGUGGAAAUAUAGAUUAAAUACAAAAUUUCCUUAUGGAAGUCUUGUACCAUUAUGGUCUAGGCAAAUACCUUAUACAAUGGCAAAAUUUUAUUUUUUUGAAAGUAUCGUUGAAUAUUUUUAUAAUAAUAUUUUAACUAAACCAAAAGAUUCAUAUAGUAAGCAAUCUCAAUUAGGUGUUACAUUUUUAUCAGGAUACCUUUCUGGGAUUAUAUGUGCAGCUGUAUCACAUCCUGCUGAUUCUAUUGUAUCACAAUUAAGUAAAGUUAAUCAAAAUAACAAGAGUAUAACUAUGAUUGCAAAAGAAAUAGGUCUUAAGAAUUUGUUUACAAAGGGUCUCGGUACAAGGAUAUUUAUGAUUGGUACUCUAACUGGUCUUCAAUGGUGGAUUUAUGAUUCUUUCAAGACCAUGAUGGGUCUUGAAACAACUGGUAGUAAUAAUAAUACAAAAAGGAACACUUUAAUUCAUUAUUAUUAA